AUGCGUGGUGGAGAGUCUGUGGGGAAGACGAAGGGGGAUCUUGCAGGGGCUUCUUCUCAGACGUCGUCGUGCUUGGGGGGCUCUAGUUGGACAACAGUAACACCGUCUAAGCGGUUCGUAUCCAUGGCGGAAACCCUUUCUUCGUUUCCGGAUGGAUUUCGAGUGAAUGUGCCACGGCAAUGUGAACCGAAUCCGGAGUUGAUGGAAACACCAGUUUCUGCCGCAAAUCGGGCCGCCAAACAGAAAGCUUCUAUGUUGCAUGGGAAACGUGCUCAAGAUAUGAAUAAGGGCCGGCUGCUUCGUGUUUUCACGCGUUGCGAGGCGCCGAGCCUGUGCCGUACCCGGCACAAUGACAAUGAGGCCACCAGGAGCUGCAGCAGCAAGCAUGUUGCUGGUCUUGGGUACUGGACAGUGACAUACGUGACUAGGGAGGGUGAAGAUGUUGCCUCGUCAAAAGUGGUGCCUCCGAAGCGUAAAGGUCCUUUUUGCUUUGAUAGCGUCGUUGGCGCCAUUGUGGAAAACGCGGCGCUGCUGAACCUUACUGUGCUGUACAUCACAUACCUUGACAGGGACUUUGGUGCGUAUGCACUGCUUACUUCCUCCACUGUGGAGCACUGUGCUGAUGCUUUCCAAGUAGUAGUGGAGUCACCAUCGGUUUUGGCUGCAGGUUGUCUCAAGACUAGGUGUGAGAUUCGAUUGAGGCUUACUGGCUCAGCACACCUCCAUGCACCGAAGGCUGCCACGCCUAGUUCUCCUCAAGAACUGAUGGACAAGGUUUUUCGAGCGCCUGGUAUGCAGUUUCGUGGAGUAGCUGAUGUUGGUGCUGCUGUGGGGUCUGACCUGCCGAAGCUCGACGUGUCCCAGUGGAACAGGAUUCUCUGUGAGGAGGUCUCGGGACGUGAGGCUCUUUGCUCUGAGGAACGAAGCUGGCGCCUGAUAUUGGAGGCUAACGAAAAAACUCGUUUGUACUGCGCGCCAAAGGGGAAGAAAUCGCAGAUGAAACUGCCUGGCUUAUGCCCCAUCUCACAGCCUACCGUCUUGAAUGUACAAGAACGGCGACGGUGGCGACAAAAAGAAAAUGCGCAGAAACGGGAGCAUGAUGUAAAAGAGCAUGAACCACAAGAGCAGACGAAAACGCAACAACUGGAACAAUGUGAUAUGCCAUCACCACCGUUGCCACGCCCCAGUACGCCGACGCCGCCUUUGAACGCGGAAGGCAUUUUGCCGGUCAUCACGCCACUGUGUAUAGUUUUGGAGGGUGAAAAGUGGGGCUCGCUGCUUAACGAUGAUCGAAGGGAACUGUACGAGGCUAUCAUGCAGGAUGUCUCCUCCUGCCUAGGCAUUCCAAGUGGAGACGUCAUCAUGGACCGCGGCGAGGCGAAUUCCCCCACAGUGGAAUUUACGGUGCGGCACGACGGUACACUCAGCGAAACGCAACUACAAAGUGAGAUUGCCGUGCACGAGUUUCCAAACACGAGUGAGCUGUACGCUCUGUUCUCCUGUUCGUCACCAGACUGUAAGAGGCUGUGA